AUGCUUUGUGAAAAGGUACCGGCUGGCGGGUUUUUAGCUUCUCGCGGAUUCGAAACGAGUUUCUCGAAUCUGUAUUCUCUCAUGGGCCUGCACCCCGCUCCCCAACGCGUCACCCUCCCAACCACACACUCUCUUUCCCUCCUAUGCACCCCCACCCUCUCACCUUUCCCCUAUCCUACCCACAUGCAUCUCCGGCGGGGCAGCGUUGCGCGGCCCGGGGCGGUGCGGGCGGCAGCGGACGAGGAGGUGGAGGAGGAGCUCAUGAUGAUCGAGGAGAGCGCGGUGAGUGCAGCCCUGGGCGCGAUGGAGCGCAUGGAGAAGACGUUGGACAGCGUGAGGGGCAACUUCAACACGGUCAGAACGGGGCGAGCCAGCCCCUCCCUGCUGGACCGCAUCGAGGUGGAGUAUUACGGCGCGAGUGUGAUUCUAAAGAGCAUCGCUCAGAUCGCUGCCCCUGACGGCUCCAUGCUGCUCGUCACGCCCUUUGACAAAUCCAGCAUCCCGUCCAUCGAGAAGGCGAUCAUGAAGUCAGACGUGGGCCUCACGCCCUCGUCUGACGGCAACGUCAUCCGCCUCUCCAUCCCGCAGCUCACCGCCGAGCGCCGCAAGGAGCUGCUGAAGACGGUGUCAAAGCUGUCUGAGGAUGGCAAGGUGGCACUGCGUAACGUGCGCCGGGACUCCAUCAAGGCCUACGAGAAGCUGCAGAAGGAGAAGAAGAUCUCAGAGGAUGCUCUCAAGGACCUUUCAAACGACAUCCAGAAGAUGACGGAUGACUAUGUGAAGCAGAUCGACACGGCCUUCAAGCAAAAGGAGAAGGACCUGCUCACGGUGUGA